GUACAGCUAUGGGGUAGCCUUUGUUUAUACGGACGUCAUCCGAAUUGCAUCAGCAUCAGGUUUGUUUUCUCUCUAAAAGUUCGGAGCGUUUACAUUUUUCAGUUAGAAUAAUUUGGAAGCUUGAUACAUCAAGACUGAUUUGACUGCAGUGCUCAGCAUUUUAUGUUGGCUAUUUUGGUAAAUUUGAUCAACAUUUCGAGACGGGCAAGUGGUUCUUGUCGCCGCGGCUUGACGCUUGCAAGUUGCAGCCCGGGAUCCGGGGAUGAUGCCCGCACCAACCUAGACCAAAAGCGUCGGUCUCUGUUAUGUUGGUUGUUCAGCUGAACUCCGUUGGCUUCACUCACCAAAUACAGAGACCGAAGUUCUAGCGCGAUCUGUACAGGGGACUCAAUGGCCAUAUGUUUAUGUGUAUUAAGUUCGGAUAAAACAGGGCAGUGAAGUUGCGCGACAGCCGAGGUGGCUUGUUUUAGAAGUACUAGACACAAUUGAUGAAACUUAACUUGCAAUACUCAACUAAUCAUCAACACAAAGACUGUGACCACUAAUGCAAACUUCAACAACUGGAAAAGUGCAGAUAUUCAUAGAUUUGAGUCAAGGAAUAGAGACGUCAUGGGUCGCAGCAAAGGAGGCGAACUUGAAAAUUUCAUCACCGGAAUGGACGACAUCACACUCUUUGUUAUGAAAAUUAUAUUUGUUGUCUUUGUCAUCACCGUCACACACAAUAUCUACACCUGGUGUACCAAGGGGAAGAAGUCCAAUAGAACCGCACCCUCUUCGUCAAGGGGUGCAUCAAGUGCCACGCCCAAACAAUCUUCAAGUACUUCCUCUUCGCAGCAAGCCUCGGGACCCCCAAACAGCGAUCCACCAACGUAUGAAAGCAUUUACCCGGAUCUGAGCAAGGAACUGAAUGCAGCUAAGAAUGGAAGCGGAGGAGGUUUGUUUUCAUGGUUGUUUGGAGCUGGAGGUGAUGGGGCGCGGGACUUGGUCUUCAGGCGGAUCGCAGAUCAGUUCUAUUCAGUUGAUGAAGUCAGUAAUGCAAUCCGACAGUGUGGCCUAGAAUCAAGUAAUCUGUUAUUUGGUAUUGAUUUCACCAAGAGUAACCUUCAUACUGGGAUGCAGACCUAUGGUGGGCGGAGUCUACACAGAAUACAACCAGGAGAGAUGAACCCUUAUCAACAGGUGAUAUCCAUUAUGGGUCGCACAUUAGCUCCAUUUGACGAUGAUGGUCUUAUUCCAGUUUUUGGUUUUGGAGAUAUAUCAACCCAAGAUAAGAGUGUAUUUCCAUUUAGGCAAGAUGGUGUCUGUCAUGGAUUCCAAGACGUGCUAGAUUGUUACACCCGGAUCGCAGCCAACAUCCAGAUGAGCGGACCAACCAACUUUGCACCCGUCAUCAGACAGGCUAUUAACAUCGUCAAGAAAACACAAGCUCAGUACCACAUUCUUAUAAUCGUAGCAGACGGCCAGGUGAACAGCGAGAGACAAACGAAAGAAGCUAUCGUGGAAGCAUCUAACUACCCUCUCUCUAUCAUCAUGGUCGGCGUUGGGGACGGACCGUGGGACAUGAUGAAGGAAUUCGACGACAGGUUGCCGAGGAGGAAGUUUGAUAAUUUCCAGUUUGUGGAUUUCUUCCGGGUCAUAGCCGGACGCGAGAACCCGGAGGCGGCGUUUGCGUUAAACGCUCUCAUGGAAAUUCCAGAACAGUUCAAGCUCAUUAGGAAACUAGGGUUACUGGACUUUUAGAAGAAUUGAACGGCUGAUCUCUGUGUAUAGCAAAGACUGUCAAACAUUGGUCUCUACGGUGAGUUAUUAGGGUUUAUACCAUGUGACAUGUACUGCCAGUUAUCUAGUAAAGAAUCAAGUUUGUAUGAGCAAUAGAUGGUAUGUAGUGCUGUGUAUGUUCCAACCUUUGCCUCAUGUAGUAAUAUAACAUCAUCAUCUCUUGUUGGAUGGUUCCCGAAGGAGUGGAGAAAGUGCAUACACAGGAAUGCCAGGAUUUGAUGACCAGUUUGUAUUAUGACCAAUAGACGGUAUGCAGUACUCUGUAUGAUUGCCAUCACGUCAUGUGGUUAUUUCACAUCAUGAACUCUUGUUAGAAUGCUCCCCAGGGAGUGGAUAAAGUCUAUGCAUUGUAGGCAGGCAAGCCAGGGUUCAACGACCAGAGUAGUAGUUUGUAAAGUGCUUAGAGAUGACUCUUUCAUCUGUAUUGAUUGUUGAUUUAUAAAACGAGGAUAUUUUACUUUUAUUUUACUUACCCUGGCCUGAUAAUGCCCGAGGCAGGCCAGGCAAUAUCUGUGCCUUGACAUUUCAUUUGGCUGAACCCUGGGGAUACAGAUAUAUAACAGGUCUUUCAACUGCUGUUCACAAAGUCUGGGUUCAGCAAAGUCAUAAUCUAGAUGAAAGAUCAGGACUGUGGUAUAUGGCAGUAGGAUUGAAGUUCAUUAUCAAACUUUCAUGUACAUGUACAAGGUUUGAAAUAAAUCCAGGGGCCGUAUUCUGAAAAUUGUCUUAAGAGAAAUAUUCUUGUAUCUUUAGAGUUACAAUAAAUUUCGUAUUCCGAAAGUUCUUGUAUCUUUCGCUGAGCGUGUUGAUGUCAGAGCUAGAAUUAUAAAAAACAGCGCAUAAAUAUCCCUUUGCGCAAGAUAAAAUCUCGAGAUAAAAGGUAUUCUGAAAAUUCCCUUAUCUUUGCGUUCUGUUAACUUCCUUGCAAAAUACAAGAAAAUUUACAAGAGGUAGGGGGCUAUUGUAACUUAUUGUUGCAUGCAAUAUUUGUCCAUCUGCAAUAAUUAUUUCUUGCUGCAUCCCGCAAGAACAUCGUGUUUUACAAAAGGAGACAUUCCAAAGACAUUAUAACAACAGAUUGGUAGACUUUUCAGCAAUUAACAAUUGGUGUUCGAGACGAUGAAUCUUUUCAGAGAAAAUAUAUCUUUACGAAAAGGGCACAAGCAUAAGCGUUGGGGGCACAAGGAAAUUACGCCUCCUAUCAACAAUGCGCUUCAUUAUUUUUCAGAAGAGACGCAUCUAUUGGUUGACCUAAGCAUAUAACAAGCUUAAUGAUUGGUUGAUGAUGAAAUAUUGGGCAUGUCAGAGAUAGAAUAGAGGACGUCCUUACUGAGAUAAGACAAUUUUCAGAAUACUAAUUUAAGAGAAUUUCAGCGAGCUGUUAUCUUGCUGACUUACAAGAAAAGUUAAGACAAUUUUCAGAAUACCACCCCAGAUUGGCUGUGGAUAAUGACUUGUUAAACUCUGUAUUUAGAUUUAAAUCCUGAAGAUAUAUUUCCAAAUUGAAAAUAAUUUAGAUUCAAAUCUUUGGGAUUUAAAGCUUUAUCCUUAGAUGGUUGAAUGGAAGGCUUCCUAGGUUUUCUAAGCAAUGUCUAUAACUAGAUCUUUCAUAUUUAAAGUUAUCGGAAUUCAUUCAAAAUAUGAAUAUUUUUAUUUAUUUGUUAAUCGAUUGUCAUGUUUGGUUGGUUAUUUUUUUUUUCAUUAUCUGGUUGAACACUUCUACAUUUACUUCUACUUCCUGUGGGUCAUCUGGGGCCCGUUUCAUAAAGAUCUAUGAUUAUAGUAACUACCAUGGAUUCCUUGAUUUUGAUUGGCUGUUGAGCCAUGUUACUAUGGUAAUUAUCGUAAGCAUAAGUCCUUUAUGAAACAGACUCAUAUCUUGCUAAGUACUUGCAACUGUUACAACUGUACUUGCAACUGUUAUGUCCACACAUGAUUUUUUUAAUUAUAAUUUCUCUCAAACAUUAUCCAUUAUAUUUUAUUCAAGGUCCAAUUAAAAAUCACUUUUCCUUCAUUAGAUAUCAUUAUUUUGCAUAAGCUUGCUACAUGUAGCUACAUGCGCAAUGCUGCCCGAGGUCAUGUGCGCUUGUGGGAUUUGCUUUUGCUUGCAGUAUUUUUGCUCCCUUUUCAUAGAUAACUGCAGGGGAAAACUCUUGUUUUUUUAAAUAGUAUUGCUAAACUCAGAGGCGUUGUACAACACAAAUAGCGAAUAUUCUUAUUCAUGCAACGGUGCCAGAUUUUGCAUUCGGUGAAAGAAAGAAACACUAUUCAACGAGGCAUUAGCCGAGUUGAAUAGAGUGUUUCUUUCUUUCACCUCAUGCGAAAUCUCGCACCAUCGCACUCAUGCCUAUUUGCUAUUUGUAUAAUAAUGUCAACUUUCAUGGGAAGAGCUAAUCAGGAAACAGAAUUUUCACUGUUGUCAUGGUAGUUGACAUUCCAGCAAGGGUUACUAUCAUAAUUCAAUGAGUUUCUUGUUUCCGGCUCAAUGUUGCAAUGUCAGAGUGUCCAUAUAUCUGAAUGCGCCUAGACCAGGGUGUUAAAGUUUUAUGCAGUAUACUAUAAAAGGCAAGAAGUUGGGCACAUUUUGAUGGAAUAGAUGUGGAGGAAAUGUACUUUUCCAUUAUUCAAAGCCUUUCCUGUUUUAUUUUAAAACUUUCAGCCAAGCUAAACUGUUUAACAAAUUGUAGAUACAAUGUCUUGUUGGGGAUCAUUUGAAUUAUCGUUCUAUUUUAUGUACUAGUGUUUAUUUUAUGUUUGUUUGAUGGAAUAUCAUUUCAUAGUACAUUUAUUUUAUUUGGAUAUGAUUUGUAUUACUUCAAGGUCUCUGAUAUUUAUAAUUUUAUAUGGUUUUAUACAACAAAUAUCUUCUCUAGAAAUGAUUUCAAUAACAUUUCUAUUAAAUGGUCUGAUAGUAAUUAAUAAUUGAAAUAUGGUUUAAUACAACAAAUAUCUUUGGAAAUGAUUUGAGUUGCACUUCAAAACAUGCCUUUAUGGCACAAUGUUGCAUUUGAGAUUUUGAUGCAAUUCUAGUAUACUGAGGAGUGCAAUGAUACAAUAAAAUUGUAUAGUCCUCUUUUAAUAUUGUCUCACACUUUGCUUAUUAUUGCUCUCUCAAUAUUAUUCAUAAUCUUUGGAAAAGUACAAAAAUCUGAUGAAUAUAUAAUUUCCAAAGAGCAUAUUGUAAUAUGAGUAAAAUCAACAUGCAUCACAGAUGCUAUGAGAGAUGAGGGUAAAAACUUGAAAUUCUUAAAGUCUGCAUUUUUGCAGUAAACUGUCUCUCCUAAAUAAGAUUUUAUGAAUUUUGAAAAAUAUGCUUUAUUAAGAAGAGUAAUCAGAAUUGCACAUCUUGAUAUUACAGCUUCAAUGCCCAAUUUAGAUGGCUAAUUUUCUUAUCAAUUUUAUUUCGAAGUUUCUUCCUAUUUAAUUCAGUUUGAUUAUUUGGCUUGGCCUUUAUGUGGUUGAGACAAACCUCUUUUGCAAUUCUAAAUUAUUGCAUGCAAGUUGAUCUACAUGUUGUAUUGCACAUUUUUCUAUUACUUUUAUAGAUAUUUUCUUAAAGAUCAAUAAAAAUAUGAAA